CCAGGGGGUGUUAGCACCAUAGACUUUAACAUCUGAGAUUCUUGGGUACUCUUGUUUUAUCCAUGUUUAAUUGUUACAUGAGGAUCCAUUUGUUCGUUGCCCAUGAUGGUUAGAAGUAGAAGAAAAAAUGUCUAUUUCUGGGAUUUUACACACCCGUGAUUGCCGGUCAACAAAAGGCUUCAAAUCUGUUUGACAACUUGACUCUAUUUAUAUGCUAAUGUUGAUUUACCUUAGGAGAAAGCAAAUGUGUCUUUGUUAGUUUAAAUUAUUACGCCUGUUGACUUACGUUUCACUCACAGUGUGGUCAGUCAUGACUCUCAGGCGUGUUCAUUAAUAUGAGGUGAUCCAAAACUGUCUUGCAGGCUGUGUAUGACUCUCUUAUAGACUGUCUAACAUACAAUGUCGUCUUGUGCUAAUGUCUAGAUACCCUGCUAUUUGACCUGUGUACAAAUAGGAUAAACACUCAUGGUCAUAAAAUUAUGACCUAAAGUAUACGGCAACAGAUACGAAUCUGUCGAUAUUCUCGUAGAAUAUUCAUUUCUACAACCGAAAGGAAUCAUUGACGCAGAGCAGUUGAGAUAUCCUCUUGGGAAUAAACUGAUAGGCCAUACAUUCCAGUCUUCGAUGUUCUCCUUGACUCUCUGUGACGGAAAAGGGACACUCAACAACGAAGUAAUAUCCUUUGGAAGAUAUCGGCUGUAAAUCAGGCCUCAAGUCAAGUGUGUGGCCUGAAAACUGAACAAUGCCAUUAUGCCAACUCAUUCAUUCAGACGAUCACUUGAAAUGUUUUCCUCUAUGAUUCUGAUCUUUCAAAUGUUUGCUGUUUUCUACUAUACAAUUCAGACGGAGACAAGGAACUUAUGGAGGAAAGAGAGAAAUGGUAGCGACUCUAGUCCACGACUUUAUGAUCCAAGCUGUUACCUGGAGUUAAAACUCGAGAAGUCUAGCAUGCCCAUCAUCCAUUCCGUCUUCGCGGAUCCAAUCAGUCACGAAGUGGUGGCUGUAGGAGUUCGGUUUUGGUUCGAAAAUUGGCACGAGGACUCAUUCUUCUGCGAGUUUCGUGGACCCAAGGGAAGGGUGUUGAUUCGAGUUGCCGACCCCAUCCUCAAAGACUACCAAAGAUUUGGGGCUAGAGCCCAGUACGUCUUUGUUUUAACUUGCCCAGUGCCUGAACCUCUGUACGGGAUGCAGAAGUUAACCCUUGCGCUCAGACGAGCCUCCAACACCAGUUUAGCGUACGAGAACAUAACUGUGUGUCAUUCGCAACCGCGUGAGGGAAAGAAGCGAUUUCUCUCCAUGUGUACGAUGCUGAAAGACAUGGACGUUGCUGUGCCUAAAUGGUUGGAUUAUCACCGGUACCUAGGGGUUGAACAUGUCUACAUAUAUGACAACUCCAAUACUUCUACCCUUCACCAGACCGUUCGUCAAUACGUUGACAGUGGAUUUCUCACCAUCAUCCCAUGGGCUCACGCCUACUCGCCCGGUAAGACAUAUCUGGAAGUUCAAAUAGCCCACGAGAAUGAUUGUUUAUGGCGGAAUCGCCACUGGGCUGACUGGAUGAUCAAAAUUGACGUAGAUGAGUUCUUACAACCCAUGGAUCCAUCUGUGCCCUUAAUUACUGAUAUCCUGCGAAAGUAUAACGAAUUCAUGAAGUCCAUUGGAUCACUAAGGGUUCAGAAUUGGUUUUUCUGUCGAGGAUGGAACCAAACGAGGAUCUCCAAUCAGACGCAGCAUCAUCACGAGAGUGUCUUCGAGCGGAAUCAGUUCCGGAGCCGAAAGCCGACGCCAGUCAAUACAGGUCGAGACAAGGCUGUCGUUAGACCCAUUAAUGUCCACUUUUUCAAAAUUCAUGGUGUGAAACUGGGUGGUGAUACCAUCACAUUGUCACCUCAGACUGAGAUGAGGAUGGUUCAUUACAGAGGGGACAAUCGACUACACUCGGGGUUCCGCUGCUCUGAUAAGCAGCCGACAAAAGACAGUAGUAUGUGUCGACUGUGGGCGAAAAUGCAGGGGUUUGAAAUGACCGGUCAUCAGAGGGCCAUGGAGUUGAAUUGCCUCUGAACUAAACAUCUGAAUUGCCUCUGGUGUUCUAUUUGACAGAGACGAUAAAACUACAUGUGUUUUGCUGAUGAAAAGACGAAAGACUCACUCCCUUCUCCUCCGAAAACUCAUCAGGAUCCCCCUCAUUGAUAGUGUACAUGUGCAUGGAUACCUUUUUAGGUACAUGUACAUGUAAACUAGAAACGUAAUUCACAACCUAUGUAUCAAUGGCUCCCCAACUUCAUGUCAAAUGUCGGAUGCUAUUGUGGAUUAACUCAGCAUAAAUGCCAACGAACAUUUCAUCACAAAUGAGACAGACAAAAAGCAGAAGUUAGUUUAACGUUCAGAUGAAUUUCGGGAA